AUGAGCUCAGGACUGUUGGAGCUGCUAGAUGCUGAUGCAAAAGGGGGCUCUCCAGCCUUUGUGAAUUUCCCGCUGGAGAGCUGUGGUCUGGGGAGGGGAGCCGGCAGCAGCAUCGUGCCAUGGUUUGUUGAGAAAAAACAAGGGGAAAUUUACAACAAAGCUCUGAAUGGAAUGGAAACAGUGAGCCUUGUGUCCCAGCGCUCACUGGCUAGCCCUCUUUGGGGCUUCGUGAAAAUGCUCCCCCUUCGGCUGAAUGAGGAUGAAGACUGUGAUGAAAUCAUAUUCAUGUCUGAAAUUGAGGCUUUUGACAAUAACAAGAAUUUUGGUGGCAUGAACAUUCUUUCCUUGGUCUUCAGUAACUUUGCUUGUGACAACAGCUAUCAAGAUUUUGGUGCCAAUGCUCUUGUCACCUAUGCAAUCAUUAGUGGUGCAGAUGACAGUUUCCAUAUUGACCCCGAAUCUGGAGAACUGAUUGCCACCAAGCGUUUGGACCGAGAACGCCGUUCCAAGUACUCCCUGCUGGUCCGUGCAGAUGAUGGUCUACAGUCUUCAGAUAUGAGAAUAAAUAUCACUAUCAGUGAUGUUAAUGACCAUAUACCUAAAUUCUCCAGACCUGUGUACUCUUUUGAUAUUCCAGAAGAUACCACACCUGGCUCUCUGGUGGCUGCCAUUUUAGCUACAGAUGAUGAUUCUGGUGUGAAUGGAGAAAUUACAUAUACUGUGAGUGAAGAUGAUGAAGAUGGUAUCUUUUUCCUGAAUCCAGUCACUGGAGUCUUUAAUUUGACUCGAAGUUUAGACUAUGAAACACAGCAGUACUAUAUCCUCACUGCCCAUGCAGAAGAUGGUGGAGGACAAUUCAUGACCAUCCGUGUUUAUUUUAAUAUUCUCGAUGUGAAUGACAAUCCACCAGUCUUCAGCUUGACAUCAUAUAGCACAUCCUUAAUGGAGAACCUACCUCUUGGAUCCACAAUUCUUAUAUUUAAUGUCACUGAUGCUGAUGAUGGACCUAACUCCCAGUUGUCUUACAGCAUCACUUCAGGGGAUAGCCUUGGUCAGUUUACCGUUGACAAGAAUGGUGUGCUAAAAGUCAGGCAGACUUUGGACCGUGAAAGUCAAUCCUUCUAUAACCUGGUUAUUCAGGUUCAUGAUAUGCCACUCCCUUCAGCCUCUAGCUACACCAGCACCGCUCAAGUGUCUAUUAUUCUUCUGGAUGUCAAUGAUAAUGCCCCAACUUUCAUUUCCCCCAAACUCACCUAUGUUCCAGAAAACACACCCACUGAUACUGUUGUGUUCAAAGCUCAAGCAACUGAUCGAGACAGUGGUCCCAACAGCUAUAUUGAGUAUACUCUACUGAACCCUUUGGGAAACAAGUUCAGUAUUGGGACCAUUGAUGGAGAAGUGAGACUCACAGGGGAACUAGACAGGGAAGAGGUAUCCAAUUAUACUCUCACUAUAGUAGCCACUGACAAAGGCCAACCAGCUCUCUCUUCAUCGACGGAAGUGGCCGUCAUCAUCCUUGAUAUCAAUGACAACAACCCCAUUUUUGCACAAGCCCUAUAUAAAGUGGAGAUUGAUGAAAACACACUGACUGGGACUGAUAUAGUUCAGGUCUAUGCUGCUGAUGGAGAUGAAGGGACCAAUGGACAGGUCCGCUAUUCCCUCCUCCGUGGAAAUGAAAACCAUGAGUUUAGAAUGGACUCAGUGACAGGGAUCCUUUCUGUAGCUAAGCCUUUGGACCGAGAGAAGAAAGCGGCUUACUCUUUAACUGUUCAGUCAGUAGAUCGAGGCAGUAGCCCCCGGAUGGACACCACUACAGUGGAAAUUAUUCUCUUAGAUAUCAAUGAUUUUGUUCCCGUCUUUGAGCUGUCACCAUAUUCUAUCAACGUCCCUGAAAAUCUAGGAACCCUGCCAAAGACAAUUCUUCAGGUUGUAGCAAGAGACGAUGACCAAGGUCCUAACAGCAAACUGACAUACAUGCUCAUUGGUGGGAACGAAGAUAAUGCCUUCAUUCUCUCAGCCAGUGGGGAACUCAAAGUGAUACAGAGCCUCGAUAGAGAAACUAAGGAGAAAUGCAUUUUGUUGAUCACGGCGACAGAUUCAGGGUCUCCUGCCCUCACUGGCACUGGCACAGUGAAUGUCAUAGUUGAUGAUGUCAAUGACAACAUCCCCACCUUUGCCCACAAGAUGUAUUCUGCCACCAUUUCAGAAGAUGCCCCAACUGGAUCAGAUGUGUUGCUUGUUAAUGCCUCAGAUGCAGAUGCCUCAACAAAUGCAGUCAUCAGCUAUAGACUCAUUGGUGGAAAUUCCCAAUUCACAAUCAAUCCAUCUACGGGACAGAUUAUCACCAGUGCCUUGUUGGACAGAGAGACAAAAGAAAACUAUACAUUGAUAGUUGUCUCUAGUGAUGGCGGAUUUCCAGAACCUCUUUCCAGUUCUACCAGUGUCUCUGUUACUGUAACAGAUGUCAAUGAUAACCCACCAAGAUUUCAACAUCAUCCCUAUGUCACUCAUAUCCCAUCACCUACUCCUUCAGGUUCAUUUGUCUUUUCUGUCACUGUCACCGAUCCUGACACCGGGCCCAAUUCUGAACUCCAUUAUUCCCUGACUGGUAGAAACUCUGAAAAAUUCCACAUUGACCCCUUACGUGGUGCAAUUAUGGCAGCUGAACUCCUAAAUAUAGCCACAGAAAUGACAUUUUUUGUCCAUGUGAAAGAUAGUGGGUUAUCUCCAAAGAUGGAUUCAACAACAGUGACUGUCCGAUUUGGGAAUAAGGCUGAUUUCCCCAAAAUUCGAGCUAAACAGCAAACGUUUCUGUUCCCUGAAAGUCAACCCGUUGGUACUCUCAUUACCACUAUUUCUGGGUCUUCUUCCAGAGGAGAGCCUUUGUCCUAUUUUAUUGCAAGUGGCAAUCUUGGAGGUGCAUUCCACAUUGACCAACUGACUGGACAAGUCUCCAUCAGUCAACAUCUGGACUUUGAAAUGGUCCAGAAGUAUGUGGUUUGGAUAGAGGCCAGAGACACAGGCUUCCCUCCUUUCUCAUCUUAUGAGAAACUGGCUAUAGCAGUGAUGGAUGUCAAUGACAACUCGCCAAUAUUCAAGGAAGACCCAUUUGUGGCAGAAAUACUAGAGAAUCUUUCUCCUCGCACAUUACUGACUGUCUCUGCAAUGGAUAAGGACAGUGGACCCAAUGGACAGCUAGAGUACAGCAUAGUCAAUGGUAAUAUUGAAAAUAGCUUCAGUAUCCAUCACAGCACUGGAGAAAUUAAAAGUAUCAGGUCUUUGGAUAGGGAAAAAGUAUCUCAAUAUGUUCUCACAGUGAGGGCUUCAGACAAAGGCACUCCUUCUCAGAGCACCACGGUAACGGUCAUCAUCAAUGUCUUAGAUGAAAAUGAUAACGCCCCAAGGUUCUCUCAAAUCUUUACUGCCCCUGUACCUGAAAAUGCCCCCCUUGGUUAUACGGUGACUCGAGUAACGACGUCGGAUGAAGAUGUUGGCGUGAAUGCUAUUAGCAGGUACUCUAUAAUAGAUACCAGCCUUCCUUUCUCCAUCAACCCUAGCACAGGAGACAUCAUCAUCAGUCGACCUCUCAACCGGGAAGAUACUGACCGUUAUAGGAUCAGAGUUUCAGCACAUGAUUCUGGGUGGACAGUCAGCACAGAUGUUGCUAUUUUUGUGACAGAUGUCAAUGAUAAUGCCCCACGAUUCAAGAAACCAUCCUACUACCUUGACUGUCCUGAGCUCACUGAGAUUGGGGCCAAAGUGGCUCAGGUCUCUGCCACAGAUCCUGAUGAAGGGUCCAAUGGCCAAGUUUUCUAUUUCAUAAAGUCACAGUCUGAGUUUUUCAGGAUUAAUGCCACCACCGGAGAAAUUUAUAAUAAGCAGGCCUUAAAAUAUCGAAAUGUCACUGGUUCCAGUAAUGUCAAUAUUAAUAGACAUAGUUUCAUAGUGACUUCUUCAGACCGUGGAAGUCCCUCUUUGCUAAGUGAGACAACGGUGACCAUCAAUAUUGUGGACAGUAAUGACAAUGCCCCUCAGUUUCUUAAUAGUAAAUAUUUCACCCCUGUUACCAAAAAUGUAAGAGUUGGUACAAAGCUCAUCAAAGUCACUGCUGUAGAUGAUAAAGAUUUUGGAGCAAAUUCUGAAGUUGAAUAUUUCAUUUCAAAUGAAAGCCCUGUGGAGAAGUUCAAGUUGGACAGCACUACAGGAUGGAUUUCUGUUGCCUCUUCUCUCAUGUCUAAUUUAAACCAAAACUUUAUGAUGACAGUGACUGCCAGGGACAAAGGAAACCCUCCGCUUUCAUCUCAAGCCACAGUUCAAAUUGUGGUUACUGAGGAGAACUAUCACAGCCCAGAGUUCUCUCAAAGCCACAUGAGUACAACGGUCCCCGAGAGCCAGAGUGUUGGUUCUGUUGUCAGAACUGUGUCUGCUCGUGAUCGAGAUGCAGCAAUGAAUGGUUUACUCACUUACCAUAUUUCUUCUGGAAAUGAGGAUGGUCUUUUUGCAAUAAAUGCUUCUACAGGUGCAUUAAUUCUAGCCAAACCCCUUGACUAUGAGCUACACCAGAAACAUGAAAUGACAAUUAGUGCUACAGACGGAGGAUGGGUGGCGCGGACAAGCUACUGCAGCAUCAUUAUUAAUGUCCUCGACGUGAAUGACAACUCUCCAGUAUUUGUCCCAGAGGAAUAUUCUCCCACUGUCUUGGAAAAUGCCCCCAGUGGGACGACAGUCAUGCGCCUAAAUGCAACAGAUGCUGAUUCUGGCAGUAAUGCUGUGAUUGCAUAUUCUUUACAGUCUUCAGACAGCGACCUCUUUGUCAUUGAUCCCAACUCUGGAAUCAUUACUACUCAAGGAUUCUUGGAUUAUGAAACCAAGCAGAGUUACCAUCUUACGGUAAAGGCCUUUAAUGUCCCUGAUGAAGAAAGGUGCAGCUUCGCUACUGUGAACAUCCACUUGAAAGGUACCAAUGAAUAUGUGCCACGCUUCGUUUCCAAACUCUAUUAUUUUGAAAUCUCUGAGGCAGCAUCCAAAGGGUCUGUCGUUGGAGAAGUAUUCGCCAGUGAUCGUGACAUGGGCACUGAUGGGGAGGUACACUACCUGAUUUUUGGUACUAGCAGAAAGAAAGGUUUCCAGAUUAAUUCCAGGACUGGACAGAUUUAUGUUUCUGGAGUUCUUGAUCGAGAAAAAGAAGAGAGGAUUUCUUUAAAAGUACUGGCCAAAAAUUCUGGGAGCAUUCGUGGUGCAGAUGUAGAUGAAGUAACUGUGAAUAUCACCAUCCUUGAUGCCAAUGACCCUCCUGUUUUCAGCCUGGAGAUCUAUAAUGUCCAGAUCAGUGAAGGUGUGCCUAUAGGAACACACGUGACUUUUGUAAGUGCCUUUGAUUCAGACUCUGUGCCCAAUUGGAGCAGAUUUUCCUACUUUAUUGGUUCAGGGAAUGAAAAUGGUGCCUUUUCCAUCAACCCCCAGACAGGACAGAUUACUGUGACUGCCGAGCUCGAUCGAGAAACCCUUCCUGUCUAUAACCUAACUGUCUUAGCUGUGGACCUGGGGACCCCCUCAGCUACAGGAAGUGCCUCCUUAUUGGUCACCCUGGAAGAUAUCAAUGACAAUGGACCCACAUUGUCCAUCAGAGAAGGCGAGGUCAUGGAAAACAAGCGUGCAGGAACUCUGGUGAUGACCCUGCACUCCACAGACCCUGAUCUCCCCCCAAACCAAGGUCCCUUUACAUAUUAUUUGCUCAGCACAGGGCCUGCCACCAGCUAUUUUAGUCUCAGUACUGCAGGAGUUCUGAGCACCACCAGAGAAAUUGACAGAGAACAAAUUGGUGACUUCUAUUUGUCAGUGAUUACCAGAGACUCGGGCAUUCCUCAGAUGUCUUCCACAGGGACUGUCCACAUCAGGGUCAUAGAUCAGAAUGACAAUCCAUCGGAACCAAGGACUGUUGAGAUCUUUGUUCAUUAUUUCAGUAACUUGUUUCCAGGCGGGAUUUUAGGCAGUGUGAAGCCUCAAGAUCCCGAUGUGUUGGAUAGUUUUCAUUGUUCCCUGACUUCCGGAGUAACAAGUCUCUUUAGCAUUCCCAGUGGCACUUGUGACCUGAAUUCCCAGGCCAGAUCGGCAGAUGGCACCUUUGACCUGACCGUUCUAAGUAAUGAUGGAUUGCACAGUGCAGUCACCAGUAACAUCCGGGUCUUUUUUGCUGGUUUUACCAAUGCCACUGUGGAUAACAGUAUCCUCCUCCGCCUCAGUGUGCCAACCAUGAGGGAUUUUCUGACCAACCACUACCUCCAUUUCCUACGCAUUGCCAGUUCCCAGUUAACAGGUCUUGGAACUGCUGUGCAGCUCUAUGGAGCCUAUGAGGAGAACAACAAGACCUUCCUGUUGGCAGCUGUGAAGAGAAAUACCAACCAGUAUGUGAAUCCAAGUGGUGUGGCCACCUUCUUUGAGAGCAUUAAAGAGAUCCUGCUCCGGCAAAGUGGGGUCAGGGUAGAAUCUGUUGACCAUGACCCAUGUAUCCACGGCCCUUGUCAAAAUGGGGGCAGCUGUCUAAGACGGCUGGCAGUGAGUCCUACCCUGAAGAGUCACGAAAGCCUCCCAGUUAUUAUUGUGACCAAUGAGCCUCUCCAGCCUUUCUUUUGUAAGUGUCUUCCGGGAUACUCUGGAAACUGGUGUGAGACGGACAUCGAUGAGUGCCUGCCAUCCCCUUGUCACAAUGGUGGUACCUGCCACAAUUUAGUGGGAGGCUUCUCUUGCAGCUGUCCAGAAGGAUUCACAGGGCGAGCCUGUGAGCGAGAUAUCAAUGAAUGCCUGCCCAACCCAUGCAAAAAUGGGGCCCUCUGCCAGAAUUUUCCUGGGAGCUUCAAUUGUGUCUGCAAAGCUGGAUUUACAGGUAAAAUGUGUGAAUCUUCCAUCAAUUAUUGUGAAUGCAAUCCUUGCUUUAAUGGAGGGUCCUGUCAAAGUGGUGUUGAGUCGUACUAUUGUCAUUGCCCAUUUGGUGUUUUUGGAAAACACUGUGAAUUGAAUAGCUAUGGUUUUGAGGAAUUAUCAUACAUGGAAUUUCCCAGUUUGGACCCCAACAACAACUAUAUAUAUGCCAAGUUUGCAACCAUUAAAAGCCAUGCCUUGCUGUUGUAUAAUUAUGACAACCAGACAGGAGAACGGGCUGAGUUCUUGGCCCUAGAAAUAGCAGAAGAGCGUCUACGAUUCUCUUAUAACAUUGGCAGUGGCACGUAUAAACUGACUACAAUGAAAAAGGUGUCUGAUGGACAUUUCCAUACUGUGAUUGCCCGAAGAGCUGGAAUGGCAGCAUCCCUAACUGUGGAUUCCUGCUCUGAAGACCAAGAACCAGGCUACUGCACCGUCAGUACUAUGGCUGUUUCAGAUGACUGGACUCUUGAUGUGCAGCCAAACAGAGUUAUGAUUGGUGGCAUCAGGUCCCUGGAUCCAGUGCUUCAAAGGAGAGGACAAGUGGAAAGCUAUGAUUUUGUUGGUUGCAUAAUGGAAUUUGCCAUUAAUGGACGCCCCCUGGAACCAAGUCAAGCAUUGGCAGCUCAUGGGAUCCUUGAUCGGUGUCCCAGACUGGAGGGUGCUUGUGCCAACAGCCCGUGCCAACAUGGAGGCACAUGCACAGACCACUGGUCAUGGCAACAGUGCCAGUGCAAAGAAGGAUUGACCGGGAAAUACUGUGAGAAAUCAAUGACUCCUGACACAGCAUUGUCUCUGGAAGGCAAAGGCCGACUGGACUACCACAUGAGCCAGAGUCGGAAGUGGGAAUAUUUAUUAAGACAGAGCAUUCGAGGGACUCUUUUAGAGCCUUUUGGGGUCAGCAGCCUUGAAGUGAAAUUUAGAACAAGGAGCGAAAAUGGGAUUUUAAUUCAUAUUCAGGAGACCAGCAAUUAUACUACUGUGAAGAUAAAGAGUGGCAAAGUUCAUUUUACAUCUGAUGCUGGAGUUUCUGGGAAAGUCGAGAGGCAUAUCCCUGAGGUUUAUGUUGCUGAUGGCCACUGGCAUUCUCUCCUGAUUGGAAAAAAUGGAUCAUCUACAAUUUUGUCUGUAGACAGAAUAUAUAGUCGAGACAUCUUGCACCCCACUCAAGAUUUUGGUGGAAUUGAUGUGCUUACAAUUUCUCUUGGGGGAAUCCCACCCAAUCAAGCCCCUCGGAACACUGAUACAGCAGGUUUUGAUGGCUGCAUAGCCUCUGUGAUUUAUGGCAGUGAGAGCCUUCCAUUUGGUGGGAAACACAGCUUGGCGACUAUAUCCAAGACAGAUCCAUCAGUGAAGCUGGGCUGCCGUGGCCCCAAUAUCUGUGCCAGUAAUCCCUGUUGGGGGGAUCUACUUUGCAUCAACCAAUGGUUUGCCUACAAGUGUGUUCCUCCUGGAGACUGUGUGUCCCAACCUUGCCAAAAUGGUGGCACUUGUGAGCCAGUCCUAUACUCAGGAUUCACAUGCAACUGCCCAGAAUCACAUACUGGAAGGACUUGUGAGACAGUGGUGGCCUGCCUUGGUGUUCUGUGCCCUCAGGGAAGUGUGUGCAAGGCUGGCAGUGCUGGAGGCCAUGUCUGUAUCUUGACCAAAGUGCCAGAGGAGAUCUCCCUGCCACUGUGGGCUGUCCCUGCCAUUGUGGGUAGCUGUGCCACACUUCUUGCCCUACUGGUUUUAAGUCUUAUUCUGUGCAAUCAGUGCAGAGGCAAGAAAGCCAAAGCACCUAAAGAAGAGAAGAAAAUCAAGGAGAAGAAGAAAAAAGGAAGUGAGAAUGUGGCUUUUGAUGAUCCUGACAAUAUCCCUCCUUAUGGUGAUGACAUGACAGUCAGAAAGCAACCGGAAGGGAACCCCAAGCCAGACAUCAUUGAAAGGGAAAACCCCUACCUGAUCUAUGAUGAGACAGACCUUCCUCCCAACACCGAAACCAUACCUAGUGCCCCCCUGGCUUCUCCAGAGCAAGAGAUUGAACAUUACGACAUUGACAAUGCCAGCAGCAUUGCCCCUUCAGAUGCUGAUAUUAUUCAGCAUUACAAGCAGUUCCGUAGUCAUACCCCCAAGUUCUCCAUCCAGAGACACAGCCCACUGGGCUUUGCGAGGCAAUCCCCUAUGCCUUUGGGGGCAAGCAGUUUGACUUACCAGCCUUCAUAUAGCCAGGGCCUAAGAACCAGUUCUUUGAGCCACUCUGCUUGCCCCACUCCCAACCCCCUGUCUCGUCACAGUCCAGCUCCCUUCUCUAAGUCCUCAACAUUCUACAGAAACAGCCCUGCCAGGGAAUUGCACCUUUCCAUAAGGGAAGGUGGCCCUUUGGAGGUGCAUGGGGAUAUGUGCCAGCCUGGUAUGUUCAACUAUGCCACUAGACUAGGGCGGAGAAGCAAGAGUCCACAGACCAUGGCAACCCAUGGCUCUAGACCAGGGAGCCGCCUAAAGCAGCCAAUUGGACAGAUGCCUUUAGAAUCUGCUCCUCCAGUGGGACUCUCAAUUGAGGAGGUUGAAAGACUGAACACUCCUCGCCCAAGGAAUCCAAGCAUCUGCAGUGCAGACCAUGGUAGAUCCUCCUCAGAGGAGGAUUGUAGGAGGCCCCUAUCCCGAACCAGGAACCCUGCUGACGGCAUUCCAGCCCCAGAAUCCUCAUCAGAUAGUGACUCACAUGAGUCCUUCACUUGCUCUGAAAUGGAAUAUGACAGAGAAAAACCCAUGGCCUAUACCUCCCGGAUGCCUAAGUUAUCUCAAGUCAACGAAUCUGAUGCAGAUGAUGAAGACAAUUAUGGGGCUAGAUUGAAGACUAGAAGGUAUCCUGGCCGCCGGGCUGAGGGAGGGUCCUUAGGCACCCAGACAGCAGUAGCAAAUGUUGCUGAGAACACAUUGCCCCUGAAGCUUGGGCAGCAAGCGGGGAAUUUCAACUGGGACAACCUAUUAAACUGGGGCCCUGGUUUUGGGCAUUAUGUAGAUGUUUUUAAAGACUUGGCGUCUCUCCCAGAAAAAACAGCAGCCAGUGAAGAAGGCAAUGGUCGGACCAGUAAGCCUGCCUUCAAAGAUGGAGAAGCAGAGCAGUAUGUGUAGAUUUUAUGUACUGGAGGGACAAAAAUGCAACACCAGAUGCAAUCAAACCAUUCUGCGCUUACAAAUACAAGACGGCCCAUGUUUCAACAACACACCAUGAAUAACAAUUAUGCUGCUGAAACAGAUUUAUUUUUUUAAUUGAAUGAUGAAUUUGUUUCUCCUGCAUGCAUUGCAUUUUAGAACUAGACAUUCAGCAUGCAGAAUUGGAAGAAGGUUUCAUUCCUAUUGUUGACCACUGUUGUGUUUGUGAUUUUAAAAUUAAUCUUGUUCUGGUUAUGAGUUUGUGUUUCAACAGUGGAGUGAUUGUGUUGUUUCCAUUUUAAUAACUUCAUUGAACAUUGAAGAUUUGAUUAUCUCUUCAAUGUGUGGAAAAGAGUUCUCCAAUGCCUGAAUGAAGCAAGAAGUAGUGUUAACCACCCUCUAAAAGGUCCAGUUUCUGUAAUUCAUGUUUGCAUAGUUAAAGAGCAAUAAAUUGGAUGGUUUGCAUGAAGUAGGGUCAUGAAUCUUCUCCAUAGAAGUGGUGCUAGAAGCAACUCAUUUUUUUUUUCUGGUCAGCACUUUAGGAUUUGUUGAUGAAAGUGUGGCAAGACUUCCAAGUCCUUUUGCUAACUGUUGUGGGUACUUAUUCCAUCCCUCCUUUCCCUGAGAUACUUCUACCCAGAAGAGCUUGGGUAGAAUUCACCCCUGAGUACUGCCAUCUGUCUCCAUGACUGGGGAGCACUGUUCUCAACAGUACAGCAUUCCCAAAUGAUCAUUUUUGAAAGAUUAUUUAUUGUAAACAAGGGAAAAGUGCUGCAGUCUUGACUUUUUAAAAAAUUGAUAUAAGGGAAUCCUCUUAGUGGACUCACAUUUUCAAAUACCCGGUGUUUGUAGAAUUUAUUAAAGUAGAAAUCGAACAAAAAAAAUCAGUUUUUCCCCCUGUCCAUUUGGAAAUCCUUUAUACUGUGUAAAAAAAACACCUUUUUUUUACACUUAAGCUGUGUUUUUUGAUAUUGAUAUUUUCUUAUGCAGAAUAGUUUUCUUACUUUCAGGAAGGUAAGAAAAGUACUUUUUCACAUUUGUUACUUAUGUAACAUUCAUAUUUUUCACAUUUGAUAAUUGUAACAUACUGUAUGCUUUCUACUUGUAAAUGCCAAUAAUAGAAUUAAAUAUUUAUUUAAAAUACUUUC